GGGCGGGGCUUGCAGGCAGGCGGCGGCCGGUUUGAAAAGGGACCACAAUAACGGUCGCGGCGGUUGCUUGUGGCGGGCGGCCGCGGCGGUGCUGGCCGGGCUCCUGCGGGCGGCUGGGGCGGCAGGCUAGCACAAGUCUCCCAAGAUGGAGACCUUGUCCUUCCCCCGAUACAGUGUGGCUGAGAUCGUGGUUCAUAUCCGCAACAAGUUGUUAACGGGAGCCGAUGGUAAAAGCCUCUGCAAGAAUGAUCUCUAUCCCAAUCCAAAGCCGGAAGUCUUACACAUGAUUUACAUGAGAGCCUUACAAAUAGUGUAUGGAAUUCGACUGGAGCAUUUUUACAUGAUGCCAGUGAACACGGAAGUCAUGUAUCCACACAUCAUGGAAGGCUUCUUACCACUGAGCAAUCUGUUCACUCACCUAGAUUCAUUCCUGCCCAUCUGCCGGGUGAAUGACUUUGAGAUUGCUGAUAUUCUAUAUCCAAAAGCAAAACGGACAAGUCGGUUUUUAAGUGGCAUCAUCAACUUUAUUCACUUCAGAGAAAUGUGCCGUGAGACCUAUAUGGAGUUUCUUUGGCAAUAUAAAUCCUCUGUGGACAAAAUGCAUCAGUUAAAUACCGCACACCAGGAGGCCCUACUGAAACUGGAGAGACUUGACUCCGUGCCGGUUGAGGAGCAGGAGGAGUUUAAGCAGCUCACAGAUGACAUCCAGGAGCUGCAGCGAUCGCUCAACCAGGACUUCCGUCAGAAAACGAUAGUGCUGCAGGAGGGGAAUUCCCAAAAGAAGUUAGCUAUUUCGGAGAAAACCAAACGUUUGAAUGAGCUAAAGUUGUCAGUAGUUUCUUUGAAAGAAACGCAAGACAGUUUGAAAACAAAGAUUGUGGACUCUCCAGAGAAAGUAAAAAACUAUAAAGAAAAGAUGAAAGAGACCGUCCAGAGGCUUAAAACUUCCAGGCAAGAAGUGAUGGAGAAAUAUGAAAUCUACAGAGACUCAGUGGACCGCCUGCCCUCCUGCCAGUUGGAGGUGCAAUUGUAUCAAAAGAAAAUACAGGACCUAGCAGAUAAUAGGGAAAAAUUAACCAACAUCUUAAAGGAGAGCCUGAAUCUGGAGGACCAAAUUGAGAGUAGUGAGUCUGAACUGAAGAAAUUGAAGACUGAAGAAAAUUCGUUCAAAAGACUGAUGAUUGUGAAGAAGGAAAAACUUGCUACAGCACAAUUCAAAAUAAACCAGAAACAUGAAGAUGUUAAACAAUACAAGCGCUCCGUAAUUGAGGACUGCAAUAAAGUUCAAGAAAAAAGAGGUGCUGUUUGUGAGCGAGUAACUACGAUUAAUCAAGAAAUCCAAAAAAUUAAAUCUGCAAUUCAGCAACUAAAGUAUGCCACGGAAAGGGAGACACAGAAGUCUCAGGAAAUAUUUCUGAACUUGAAAACUGCUUUGGAAAAAUACCACGAAGGCAUUGAAAAGGCAACAGAGGAGUGCUAUGAUAGAAUAGAUGAGAAGACAGCUCAACUGAAGAGGGCGAUGUGCAGAAUGACAUCCUAA